CGCCCCGCUCGCCCUGCCCCCGCAGGCAGCUCUGCCGGGGGGAGGGCCACAGGGGUGCGCGGCGUGGGUGAUUAGCGGGACGCCGAGGCCCCGCCUUCCCCCCCUCGCAUCCAGGGCGUGAUGAGAGGGGGAGAUGGACCCGAGCCGGCGGGACUGGCACCAUGAUAUUCGUUGGCUUUGUGGUGGCGCUGGUGAUAGGGACGAUCGCCGGAGCCCGCGAGCUGGGGCAGGUCUCCGCCAGCCUCCCGGCCAUCCGCCACCCGCAGCCCCCCGCCUCGGCCCCACCGCCGCCCCCCGCCGGCCGCCCAGCUGUGCCGCCAGCCGGGAGCUUCGCCGCUCCCCGGCACCCUUGGCCAUCGGCGGCGUCCACUCUCCCGCAGCGGCGGGCAGCGGGGCGGGCGCCGCGGGGCCGCCGCUGCUCCUGCGCCCUGCCCGGGGGCGGCGGGCGGCCCGGGUGCGCCCCGGGGGGUGGCCAGGGCCCGGCGGAGCGCGGCCGCGCUGACUGCAAGCAAGGGACGGUGAGACUCCAGGGUGGCAAGAAUGAGUUUGAAGGUACAGUGGAGGUUUAUUUGAAUGGAAUCUGGGGAAGAGUCUGUGGGAGCCACUGGGACAAUGAUGAUGCAACAGUUGUAUGUCAACAACUUGCACUUGGUGAAAAAGGUACAGCAAAACAGGUACCAUUUUCUGGACUGGGCCUUACUCCUAUUUACUGGAAUGAAGUGCGUUGUCGUGGUGAUGAAGAAAAUAUAUUGUUAUGUGAAAAAGACAUCUGGCAUGAUGGAACAUGUCCUCAAAAAAUGGCAGCUGCUGUCACAUGUAGCUCUUCCCUGGUCCCUGUCUUUACUCCAAUCCGGCUGGCUGGUGGGAACAACACUCAUGAAGGAAGAGUAGAAGUCUAUCAUUCUGGCCAGUGGGGGACUGUCUGUGACGAUCAGUGGGAUGACGCAGAUGCUGAAGUUGUCUGUCGGCAGCUUGGCCUUGGGGGUGUUGCCAAGGCAUGGAGCCACGCUUACUUUGGAGAAGGCUCAGGCCCCGUGCUACUGGAUGAAAUGCAGUGCACAGGAAAUGAACUAUCCAUAGAGCAGUGUCCAAAAAGCUCCUGGCGAGAACACAACUGUGACCACAAAGAAGAUGCUGGUGUUUCCUGCACACCUCUCACAGAUGGUGCAUUAAGACUAGCAAGUGGGAAAGGCAGUCAUGAGGGACGCCUGGAGGUCUAUUAUACUGGGCAGUGGGGCACAAUCUGCGAUGAUGGGUGGACAGAGCUGAAUACACAAGUGGUUUGCCGGCAGCUUGGAUUUAAGUAUGGAAAACGUGCCCCAGAGAGCUACUCAGAAGGAAGCUCUGGGCCCAUCUGGUUAGAUGAUGUCAGCUGCUCAGGGAAGGAGACAAACCUCUUGCAAUGCUCAUGGAGAGAGUGGGGAAAACAUGACUGCAACCAUCACGAGGACGUCAGACUUAUUUGCCAUCCAGAUAAUGACAACCAUAAGCUCACACUUGGUCCCCCCAUCAGGUUGAUGGAUGGUGAGAAUAAGAAGGAAGGACGUGUAGAGAUUUUUAUCAAUGGACAGUGGGGCACAAUUUGUGAUGAUGGAUGGUCUGAUAAGGAUGCAGCUGUGGUCUGUCGACAGCUUGGCUACAAAGGUCCGGCUAGAGCAAGGACAAUGGCUUACUUUGGGGAAGGCAAAGGCCCAAUUCACGUGGAUAAUGUGAAAUGUACAGGAAAUGAGAGAUCCUUGGCAGACUGCAUUAAAGAAAACAUUGGGACUCACAACUGCCGCCACAGUGAGGAUGCAGGAGUGAUCUGUGACCACCUAAGCAAGAAGGCCCUAGGGAACAGCAAUAAAGAUUCUCUUGCUUCUGUGUGUGGAUUGAGGUUACUACAUCGUCGACAAAAGCGAAUAAUUGGUGGGAAAAAUUCUUUACGGGGUGGAUGGCCAUGGCAGGUUGCACUCCGACUGAAAACUUCUCAUGGUGAUGGAAGACUCUUGUGUGGUGCUACUCUUAUCAGCAGCUGCUGGGUCCUCACUGCUGCACAUUGCUUUAAAAGGUAUGGCAACAUCACACGGAACUAUGCUGUGCGAGUUGGAGACUAUCACACACUGGUACCAGAAGAGUACGAGGAAGAAACUGGAGUCCAACAGAUUGUGAUGCAUAAAGAGUACAGGCCCGACAGCAGCGACUAUGACAUUGCAUUGGUGAGGCUACAGGGGCCAGAGGAACGGUGUGCCAGAUUCAGUUCCCAUGUCUUACCUGCUUGUUUGCCAUUAAGAAGAGAGAGACCACAGAAAACUGCUCCCAACUGUUAUAUCACUGGAUGGGGUGACACAGGUAGUGCUUAUUCAAGAACAUUACAACAGGCUGCCAUCCCCUUACUCCCCAAGAGGGUGUGCGAAGAACGUUACAAAAGAAGAUUCACAGGAAGAAUGCUCUGUGCUGGAAACAUCCAGGAACAGAAACGUGUUGAUAGCUGUCAAGGAGACAGUGGGGGUCCACUGAUGUGUGAACGUCCAGGGGGAAGCUGGGUUGUGUAUGGUGUGACCUCCUGGGGCUACGGCUGUGGAGUGAAAGAUUCUCCAGGUGUCUAUACAAAAGUAUCGUAUUUUGUACCUUGGAUAAGAAGUGUGAUCAAACUAUGAAUGUCCAUAAUGAAAGCCAAACUUUGUUAACAAAGUUUGAGGCAGAACAACUUGAACAGCACAGGUGGUAUGUGCACAGCUGGGGUCCAGAGUGGGUGGAAAUUUUCCUCAUUUUUGUGUUUUUCUUUUUGUUAAAUCCAAACUGUAUACACACCACCUUUCCUGUUAGGGAUUACUACUCAAACAAAAUCCCUCUGUGUUCAGGUAGUUCAUAUAUUGCACGAAUAAGUUAUCAUAUAUCUAAGAUAAAGGGAAAAGUAAUAGCCAAGCUUAGAGUAACAGGAAAUUGGAGCAGGACAGCUAGAGUUCACUAUGAGAUUCACUGCCUACAGGAAGACUGCAGUAGCUCCAAGCUAUUUAUGGUUCAGGCUUCCUCAGAAUUAAUUACACAUCUCAACAUCAAUUUUCCAUCUAUUUAAUCAGUUCCUGGUUGUUCGCUUAUUAUUCCUGUAAUCAGCCAUCUAAUUUUGAAUCAUGUUUCAUUAACUAAUGAGACCAUUAGCAGGUUGAUUCUUGGUACGCAAUUCUGAGUAUAUAUUAAAAGUUAGAAGGAAAAUAAUGGUUGAUAACCAGAUCCCCAGCCAUUCUGAUAAAUGCUCUCAUAAGGUACAUGCCCACAUAAAAUAGGUAGUACACAUAGGAAGUUAGUUUCCCCACAAACAUCCUGCACUGCUGCAAAAUCUAGAUUUGACAAAUGACCUCUUAUUUUCUUUCCUCUAGAUAAAUGUCAUUUGUCUUCUUUCUGAAAUUUGUCAUUUUUAGUACAUACAGCUUUUCAGAUUUUCCUAUUUAUCGUGAGCUGUCAGUACAGUAUCAGACUAACAGACAAACAUCCCAAUCCUCUCAUCACUGGUUUUGGAGAGGUUUCACUCAAGUAAUGCUAAGGACCUCUGUCAAUCCUACAAGUUGUAAGUAUGUACAAUACAAAUACUAGAGAAGCCAAGCCAAAACCUGUCUGAAAAGGUCUAUAAAGUCUUAAACUACUAUAUUCUACAAGAUAAUAUUUAGACAACUCUCUCCGGCUUAGCUGCAACACUGGUUCAGCGUGAUCUUACAGGAAAGGUCAGAGCUAGAUAGUUUUCAGUGACUUCUGAAAUAUUGACAUAUCUUGCUUACAUUUAAUUCCUUUUACAAACACUGCUCCUCAUGCUAUGAAGACCAUAAUUGGUUAUUAUAAAAAUGCAGGGAUAAAAAGUUACUGUUGAUGUACAAGACAAAUAUAAACGAACUUGCUAUCCUUUUAAAAAGGGCCACCCCACUGAACUUUGCACACAGACCACUAGAUGUAAUCUCCAUCUUAGUGCAACACUAAUGGGUAUUAGUCUUGAAAAUAUCUGUGACUAACUAGUCAAGGAGACAGGAAAGUUACUAACGCUACUUCUACAAUCCCUGUCAAAGGCCAUUCUAAAUGCAAGUGUGCUCUGCAUUAUGUGAAGAGGCUUCUUAAAAAGAUGAAACAAAAGCUCUGUGAGCCAUGAAAUGCUAUGGCGUGACAAGUGUGGCAGACGUGUCACCACAUAGUUAUUGUGCAAACCGUGACUACCAGCGGCUGUUUCCCUGUGUUUUUUAUCUCCCAACUCUACCUUUCAUGAACAAGGUGGGACGUUUGCAUUCAUGUUGUAAGUGGGCAAUCACCCAUGUCUGCUCUCUGGUGUUGUAACAAGUAUCUGAGUCAACUCAUAUAACAUACAAAAGUGAUGAUGGCAUUGCAGAAGCCCAAGUGGUUGAAGACAUGGCCUUUAAUUUUGCUCAGUUCUCACCCCAAAUUUAGUUUUCAAGGGUCAUGAAUAGUUUAAAUAUCUUGUUGGAACUGGUGCUAACCUAGUACACAAGGUGCUUUAAUAUAUUUUACUUUCCUGUAAUUACACAUGCAUCAAAAUUGCAUGCAGUAUUUUAUUUAAAAACAUGCCAGAGAUCAUAGUACUGUGACCACCUAUGUCAGACACGUAACAGACCUGUGUGAAACAAUGUGCUUGUGAACUUCAAAACCAUUUUACUUAUAGCCCUUUUAAUUAAAGGGGAAGUAAAUCUCUCAAAAUGUAUCUAUUUGUACCAUCACAGCUUUGCUAUACCAGAAUCAUUAUUUUGAGAUGUGGUGAAGUAGGCUAUAUAUGGUCAAGUAGGCUAUAUAGUGCAAUACAUGUGUUGUGUCCAGGGAAAAUAGUAUUUUUUAGAAGUUGAACCACAGCAAAGGGGUGGGGGAUGGGGACAGGGACAAGCCUGCAAACUAAGUGUGGUAAGAUUUAGUAUGGUAGUUCAUUAGUUUUGGUCUUUAACAGAAUGCUUUAUUAGAUUUUUAAAUGUUGCACUACCAUUUUCAUGCAGAGAACAUGCCUUCUCAGUUUCCAACAUAAAAUGAACUUGUCUUUGUUA